CAGUUUUGAAUUUUGGCCCACUGUGUAUUUGAGUUUGACACCCCUGCUGUAGUGCAUAAAAUUUAGGUGGAUUCUUCAAACAAAUCAAUAAUAAAUAUUUUUAAUAAAAGUAAAUAAUUUUGUAAUUCUUUAUGCCACAGUCGACGCAGCUAUUACCAAAAUCAAAGACAACAAUCAUGAUACAGUGUUGAUGCAGGGACAGUAAAUGAAACACACACACACACACACUCUGAGCCAUUUCUAAACUGUUAUUUUAACAUUAAUGUUUGUAAACCCUUCAUGCAUUUAAAAUCAUGUUUAUUUAAAUUUGCUGUAAAAUGUAACCAGACAGUGAGAGAGGGAGAAAUAUGUGAAUGAUGCAGAGACAGAUGAAUGGAUGAAGGAAAAGAGCGACGGAUGUAUGAUUGCACUGAUAAGAGGAAUCAUUUACCAGGGCAAUUUGUCGACAAGGAUCUGGGGAUGUGUCAGUGCGUCAGCGCCUUGGUCGCUUUGAUGGAUGAUGGAAGUUCACUGACUCAAGCAGCCUUUCUCUCUCCCUUUGCCUCACCCUUUGCUUCUCCCUCAGACUACGUCCCUACUCCUCCAUUAUUACGGCAGCACAGCAAAGUGUGUGUGUGUGUGUGUGUGUGUGCAUCACUCGUGUUGUGAGCUACUGUCAAAUAGGCCCCACCUCUUUAUUAGAAACUGUAUUUUGUGUGGCACAAUGUGUGGAACAAGGGAAAAUACUUUGACACAGUACUGACCUUAAAUUAAAGCUGCUGUUACUGGUUUAGGGAUCGAUGGUAACGGUUAAGGUUUAGACAAGUAGUCGUUACAGUUGUUUAGGGUUAAAAGUAAAACACAUAACCAACAAUAUCCAAGGUCUUUCUUUCAUUACUAUAUAACUGCAGGCUAAAAUUUAAAGGUGAAAAGAAGUGUGUGUGCAGAUUUAACCUCAACAUAAGAAAAGGGAGGAAAAAAUCGCAUGUCUCCAAAUAGAAGAAGCAAACUCAAAUCUAUUGUAAUGGUAACCUGAUGCCUUUGCAGCAGUUUUUAUCUUCAUCUGUGUAUGAAAAGAAUCAAAGGAAACUCUGAAACCAAACACAGGCAUCUUCCAGUAUGAUGCCUGUGUCUGGUUUUGCCGCUGCCACCUGCAGUUUGUCCUGCAGUGUCAUAGUCCUGUUUUCACUCUGUGUAAAUAACGUUUUGACUGCCUUGGUUUCUGAUCACCUGACACUCUUAUCUGUCCGAUUUUGAUGGGUCAGCGUUUUCUACCCUGUAUUGCUGGUGCUCCUCGUCUCCUUGGGCGUCCUCAGCUGUGUCCUCCUGGGUGUGCACAGACCAGGGAGCAGAAGAAGGAGAAGAGCAGGUGUCAGGUGAAGCUCAGCUUGUUGCGGAAGUGGGGUCUCGCUGGUAAGCCAUGCUGAGUGUUUCUGAUUUCCUGUGCUCAGACAGCUUCCAUGGAGGGGAUGUUUUCUGCCAAACCCCUUCUUGGACAUGCGAGGCCUGAUUCUCUGAGACCGUGCUACCUCACGAGGGUCCACCCAGUUUCCCAGUGUUUGGCCCUCCACCAGGAUUUAGGUCCUGAAGCUGGAGGAUCUUCCCCCUCGCUUAGCAUGGUGGUGUUUUAUCUAAGGCUAAUAAAUUAUUAUUGCUGAACGAUUUUAUACUUUCCAAAUAUUAAUUUUUUAUUUCUUACUGAAAUCUGAGCUGUGAGGCAGACUAUUCAUCCCUCAUUGAACUUUGCCCGGAUGGUUAUUCCUUCAUCACAUGUGUGGUCAUGGAGGAGGCCUCGCUGUGGUGUUUCGGGGCCAGGUCUCCUUUUUUUACCUUUGAACAGUGAACUACAAUUCACACAAGGGUUCCCAGAAGGAUUUAACAGAAUGGAGCAGUUGAUGUUUGUCUCCUCCUUUGUUUAAUGUCUAAAUAGAUUUUUCUUAUCAAAGCUAUUUUUUGAUUGUGUAACAGGAUGUAUAUGGUGAUACCAUAGUGAACCAUCUGAUGUAUGCAGAUGAUUUAGUGAUCUUCUCUCCAUACAGUGCCGGCCUUAAACAGUUACUGAGGGUCUGCUCUCGAUAUGUUUUAGAGUUUGAAGAGUAAUAUUUUGAUUGCCAGAAGUAGGGAAGACUUGUGUCUGUGUGGUACGGUUCUCAAAGUUAUGAAAUCUUAGGACAUUAUAUAUCUGAUGAUCUGUCUAAUGAUAUGGACUCUUAUAGACAAUGCCACUUACUGUAUGCACAGAGUAACAUGCUGAGUCGUAAAUGUGGUAUGAGCCCCGCUCCACAUGCAGACUGGGCUACACUGAAUAUCUGUGGAGAAGGCAGCAUGUGGAGAGCCUUCAUGUAUAUUUGUGAUAUUUUGGAUUUUAUUUCAUUUGUUUUUCUCCUUCGUCUCUUGCUUUAUUGAAGACAUCUUUAAUGCAGCUUUAAUAAAGUGAACUAACUAAAUGGUAAAUUGACUGGUUCUUAUAUAGCGCUUUUCUAUCCAGAGCAAUCAAAGCACUUUACACAACUUGCAUUAUUCACCCAUUACAUGAUUUUCAAUCAUAUAUCUCUUUUAACCCCCAAUAUGCUUCUCAGCUUCCUGAAUAGGUGACUGGACUCAUUAAAAUUUGGAUCGCUGACAGCUUUCUCUGAAUGAAGAUUAAACAGAAGUACGUCUGUGUGCCUCAGACAGAUUUGUGUAGUAUGAGUCCCCUCAGGUUGUUUGUUGAGUCGUCUGUCAGGAAUCUCGGGGUAACUCUCAACUCUGCGUUCACUAUGGAUCAAAUCUCUGGUUCACUGUUGUCUUAUCAUCUAAGUUAACUACCAUUGUGUCGUGCUCUGAACUGAACAUGCUCUGAAUCAUUAUUCAUGCACUUCUUUCAUCACAUCAUUGUUUACUCGUGUAACCAAAACUGCCGAGAACAUCUGUAGGUUGACCACACCGCUGCUGCGAGGCUUCUGACCAAAUCAGUGGUCAAAUGUCAGUGUUGAAGAAAAUACACUACUGUUCAAAGGUUUUAGAACAGCCCAGUUUUUCCAGUUAUUUAUCGCAAUUCAAGUCGUUCAAGUCUGAUGAACAGCUUGAAAUGGUACAAAGGUAAGUGGUGAACUGCCAGAGGUUAAAAAAGAAGUAAGUUUGCCCAAAACUGAAACAUAAUGUACAUUUCAGAAUUACACAAAAAGGCCUUUUUCAGGGACAACAUGGGUUAACAAUUUAAUCUGUUCUGCAGCAAUGGAGGUUGCUCAAGCCUUGAAAGCUGGUGCUACUAAUUCCUACAGGUGUUCCAACUUUUCUGGAUUAAUUGCAGCCCCAUCUGUCUGCAUAAAGCAGUGUUGAACACACUGUGGUACCAGACUCUCGUCAGCAUCAGCUGAGCAGUAUCGUACUGCAGAAAGUAGUGUUGUUGCAGAAAUGGUGAGAAAAAGGCAAUUAACAAUGGAAGAGAGACCGACCAUCAUAACACUUAUAAAUGUGGGUCUGUCCUACAGAGAGACUGCAAAGAAAGUCAAGGUGUCAGUGAGGCCAGUUUCCUUCUGCACUCAGAAACAAACUGUGACAGGAAGAGGUCUGCAAGCCUGAAACUGAAUCAGAGGACAAGUUUCUGAGAGUUAACAGCUUGUGUGAUGGCGGCUCACAGGACAACAGCUUCAAGCAGCUCAGUCGUGGUCGUAGUGAGAAAGUCUCAGUUUCAGCUGUGAAGAGAAGGCUUCAAGCUGCAGGUUUGACAGUAUGAGAUGCAGCAAGAAAGCUCGAUGUCAGAAUAAGACGAAGAGGCUUGGCCCUAGUCGUGGCACAAUUUUGUACAUACCAGACCAACUGACAUGGAUUGCCUGAGUUUAAGAAUUUGAUUGGACAGUUUAACAUCACACAUCGUCACAACACUAAUAAACUGAAAAUAAACUGGCAUUUCUACAGCGCUUGUCUAAUCUUAGUCAAAGUGCUUUAGAUAACCUGUACAUUCAUCGAGCACAUCGUCCUCUGGACUUGAGGACACUUCAAGGCUCCUGUACAAAUUUUUUGACCAUUGUUGACACUUUGGAUACCUUUCAAUGACGCCACCAUGACUCAAAAAUGAGUAUGUUAAAAAACAUCCACUCUUAAUAAUGUCUUUUCUGCCCUUAUCCACACAGGGUAACCAAGAGGCCCCGGCUCCCCCUGAAGCUAUGGCUCAACCUUUCCCACAAGCCCAGUAUCCACCUCCUUCACAGAACGGGAUUCCUGCUGAGUAUGCUACACCCCACACCCACCCACCGGCUGACUACACGGGAACAAGCACAGUGGGCGAGCAUACCCUAACACUAUACACGGCGACACACACACAGAGUGAGCAGCCAGGAAACGACAGCAGCACUCCAGCUCUUACUACUAACACAGUAUCGCAUCCAGAGGACGUGGCACAGACCGAGGGUUCGCAGCAGCUCCACCUGCAGCCCAGCGAUUCAUUAGAGAAGCAGCAACCCAAGAGGUUACACGUCUCUAACAUCCCUUUCCGCUUCCGGGACCCUGACCUCCGGCAAAUGUUUGGGCAAUUUGGAAAGAUUUUAGACGUGGAGAUUAUUUUUAAUGAACGAGGCUCCAAGGGUUUUGGGUUUGUAACAUUUGAAACCAGUGCAGAUGCUGACCAUGCACGGGAGAAACUAAAUGGUACAAUCGUAGAGGGACGAAAAAUAGAGGUGAACAAUGCCACCGCCAGAGUAAUGACGAACAAAAAGAUGGCUAACCCUUACACAAACGGCUGGAAGCUGAAUCCAAUGGUUGGAGCCGUAUAUGGUCCUGAAUUUUAUGCAGUGGCAGGUUUUCCAUACCCCAGUGCAGGAGCAGCUGUUGCCUAUAGAGGGGCUCAUUUGAGAGGCAGGGGCCGCGCCAUCUACAACACGUUCCGUGCUGCACCUCCACCUCCACCUAUCCCCACCUAUGGAACUGUGGUCUACCAGGAUGGAUUUUAUGGGGCAGAAAUAUAUGGAGGAUAUGCAACCUACAGAUAUGCACAGCCAGCUGGUACUGCUGCAGCUGCUUAUAGUGACAGUUACGGCAGAGUUUAUGCAACCGCAGACCCCUAUCACCACACCAUUGGUCCUGCAGCCACAUACAGUGUGGGCACUAUGUAAAUAAACGAAACAGUGAGUACAGAUGGACACCUGCUAAAAAAAAGAGAGAAGAUCACCGUGGACACAGAAGGACACUAACAGAGAUCAACUAAAAGAAAAAAAUGGCCUUCUGUCAAGAAUUAAGGGGAUGGACAAAGGGCCUGCUUUGUAAGGCCGGACCUGGACCGCUGAGUCUGUAGCCUGGGAGCAGAGAGGAGCCGACCAGCUCCAACUCCUGAAAAACAAGCCUUGCUGAGUGUUAGAGACCAAAUAGGAAGGUCACGAUAAAACAUUUUUAUUUUUGUAAACUUUUUUAAGUUUAUGGUUUCUGAAAAGAUCAAACAUCACUCUGUGUAUAUACAUAUUAUAUACCAUAUGUGUGUAUUAUAUAAGUAUGUUUAAAAAAAGAAACUGUGUGCAGUUCAAAGAGGAGAUGAGGAGACGCUAGCUCCCCGUGACUUUUGAAGGUCAGCCACCAUGCCCCACAUGUCUUCUGCUGGGUGUGUGUGUGUGUGUUAAGGUGUGUGGGGCAACUGGUCCAGCAGGCCUGUCACUACAUAAUGAGAUUACAGCUUUUUGAGCCUGUCUUCCACUAAUAACGUCUGUAUCGGUCAGAAAAUCUGCCUUUUAAAUCCAAAAAUACACACAGAUAAGAAAAAGGGUUAGGGUUUCCUCUACAAGCUCGACUCAAGUUCCAGCGAGGUGGGACAUUAAUGACAGGCUGCCUGAUGUCACCACAGUCUUGUGGUUUUACUGUGCCGUGGAGUAAAAACUGCUCUUGUGCAUUGUGUUGGCACAGGCAGGGUAGGGCUGGGAACAGAGAGUGGGUAAAAAAUGAAAAGUGGAAAUGAUGAUGUGCUUCAACACAGCCUUCAGCUUCCACCACUCAAAAGGACUAAGAGAGGGGUUAAAGUGAAAAGUCACACAGUGACAGCAAGUCUGUGUAAACUCUUCUGUUUCUAUGGAUUCCUGCUGACAUCCUUCUGUAUUUACACAUUGUACUAAAAACACAGCCAUGGUGCAGAGUCAGCUGUUGUCAUCUACUAUUGUUGUAGUCAUUGUACUGGCAGUAAGAAGAAAGUAUUUAUAUAUAAAUAUAGUCAUUUGUGAUCUCCACCUCCUGGACAUACGUUUGAUUUUUCAGCUUUGACGCAGGACGUGGUGUAAGUGUGAUGAUGUGUCGUUCUUUCAUGUUUCUCUUUUGUUCAGCUACUGAAUGUAACUUAAACUUUUUAGGCAGAUGGUGUUUUUUAUGUGCUUCAAAAGAACAAACAGUAUUCUGUAUAUUUAUUACACGUGUAAAUGAUAUAGUAACAUGUUUCUGAUAAUAUGCUGGACCUCCUCCUCACGAUCACGUCAUGUCCCAAAGGUGAACAGACAUGUCCUGCUGAAGUGUGAAGUACUACAGAGAGUUUUAGUUGUUUGGUUUGUCUUUGUGUAGCUGAGUCGUAGUGUCAUCGUGGUGCUGAGGGUAAUGCUGUGGUGAGGAACAGGACAACAAAGAAACACGAGACCAGUCUGAGGUGGGGAAACUUUUAGCAGUGCGUCCUGUUGGAAAUGGAGACGCUCUGCUGCAGGACGCCCACAUGCACUUGUUUGAUUUGUGGGUCGUAGCAUGUUUUACCACAUUUAUGGAUAUGACGACACUGAAACCUUUACAUCUUUAUUUUAAUUCAGAGGAGGAUUUGAGUCUCACUGCACUCUUACUUUAAUGCAUAGCACUUGGUAAUGUAGGUAACAUGGUCUAUAAGACUAAGUGAUCCCAUGGACAGUACUCAUUUACAUCAGUUAAUAAAGUGAUGGAGGUGGAAACAACUGAAAGGCCACAGUAAUCUAACUCGGUGUGACAGAACGAAGGCAACCCAAGCUCAUGCUGAGUGUGAACAAUUGGCUCUUUGUCUUUUGUCCUUUUUGGACCAAUUCUGUCUUUUUAAGCUGAUCACUCGCUGGCCUUGGAGUGCCUUUAGUGCUGUGACUCCGUUCUUAUGACCGUGGUGAUAUCAUGUCUCCAUCAUGUUGAUGACUGUCCCGGAGACCCAGAUUUUACUUCCUCUCCUGUUUUUCUGGUGUUUCAGUGAGGCAGAUGUUUGUGUGACAGGAUGCACUGUUACACUGUUAGUGCUGCAUUUCUUUCUCCUUCACGCAGUGAAAGACUGGUUGUCCGUACUGUUCUCUACAUGAAUGUCUAAAAACUCUUUCAAAGACUAAAUGAGCAUCUGUGAAUGUGUCUACAGACAGAUUUUUUAACGAUGCCUCUACCACACCCUCAGCGUGCCACUGCUGAGUUGUUCAUCUGGGAAAAAGCUUCUGCAGUGGGAUCAGGCAGCUGGACAUGAACUGGGACUUAACAAAAAAUAUUCUAACGAUGUCAAUCUUAGCAGAGAUCAGGUUUCCUCCGAUCGCUGCUGUGUUAUUCUAAUUGUAAUUUACUUUUGUUCUUUUUUUCCUUGUUGUUCUUUCUCUUGGCUUGUUUACAUGUACUGUAUAUGAUGUUCAUCUGUUGCUGGAUGGAGAGAUUAUCUAAAGGUCUGAAGUAGCUUUUAACUCUAGCUGUGGUAUUCCCCUGUGGCAUGGCCUUUUACCCUCGUCCUUCCCUUCCCCAAUCAGAAAAUGUGAUGUUUGCAUUAAGUACACGUACUCAGCAACGAGAUAUAAAAAUCCUCGGGCUUCCUACCAAAACUACUCCCAUUUGUUUCUAUUGUGUAUACCUCAGAUACGAGCCCUAAAGCAGCUAUUACUCUUAAAGCUCCUGGCAACCAGACCUCAUUUACCUCCUCUCCCCCUCUUCCACACUUGAGCCCAACAUCCACCCAUAAGCCAAAACCACACCUACCUCCCCCGUUAACCCACUGACCUCCACCCUAAAGUCACAGAAUACUUGCUGCAAAGACACGUUCUGACAGGUUUAAACUGAAGGACACUACAUAAGCCCCGAUCCUGCAUACAGUUGGUCUGUGGGUGUUUCACCAGUACUGGGAUUUGACAACAUUUUAUUUAAAUAUCUCAUUUUUAUCUCCCUACAAGGAGUUAUCAAAUCUUAUAGACAGAUAGAACUUUAUCAAUCCCCCGGGUAGGUUCCUCCGGGAAAUUCAGUCAUCAUCAUUAUUAUUAUUAUGAAUAUUAUUAUUGAGAGUUGUCUUUUAAAUACCUCAGUGAGGUUAAGUUAUAUUGUGAUUCAUCUCUGUCCUUAAUUACUUUAACGCCCACAUUAUCCAAAUAAUAAUAAAAGAUGUCUCUUAUUUGUUUCACACAACAUCAGGCUCAGUGAGCACAAAUCCAAGAACUAUGCACAAAACAAAAGCUGGAAGAUAUUUUAGAGUACGUACAUGUAUAUAACUUAACCCAUGCAAGUGAAAACGUGAAGUCCUUACUGGAGUCCUUUGAUCAGCCCACUAACUUAGCCUGGAGUGUUGUUGUAAAUGUAUAGAAAUUAUACUGUGAUCUGCAAUAUUUACUCUUUACAUAACCUUUACAGUAUUUCCAACAAGUGUUCUUUCUUGAGUAGGCUACCAAACUGUUUCCAAUUCAGAAAACACACGAACAACAAUUUAAAGUUGUCAUUAGCAGCAGAACCAACUGUUAAUUGGAAUAACAAUGUUAUUGCUAUAGAAGAUCAAUAUUAUUGGCAUUUAGAUUUGUUACCCAUAUGCCUCACUUUAACUAUGCACUUCUUUCUAAAUCUGUUUAUGAAAUAAUUUGGGACAAUGGAAGCCAGAUCUAGGGCACCUGCUAAAAUGGCCCAGGAGAUAACGGUAGAUUCUCAGCCUCGAGUCUCUGCUGUCACUGUCUUCUCUACACCAUUUCUUCCAUUUUAUAAAAAAAACAACAUCAAAUAAAACAUAAUAAAGAAUUUCUAACUGCUCUCGAGUGGAUAAGCUCGUGAUUUUUCCCCAGUGUUCUCCUCUGCUCCGCCAAACACACAAACCCCUCAUAAUUGUUACAUGUGUGCAUGAAACAAUACUCAAACUAAUCAUUUCAAAAAUGUUGCUGAUUUCACCUGUCAGUAAAAAAAAGGGGUGUUUUACAGUACGGCAGAAAACUGAAAACGAUUUGGCCUUGACGGUUGGUUUUCAGUCAGGAUAAAUGCAGACGCUAGUUCAUUUCUAGUAUGUCUGAAGUUUUAUUCAAAAUAAUAUAAAUUUCAAACGUAUGCACACACGUCAGAAAUGCAAACAAAAGACUGUCCUGAAUGAAUUUGUAUCCGGUGAUAUGAUCUGUUUCUCUUCAGCAGUUUUGACUUAAAUGAUCUGGUUGCCUUUGAACGUUUUUCACUCCUGAAUGCCAACAGCCUCCCGGUCCUAUGCAGAUCCCAAAGCACAAAGGUUUGACUGGUGACUAUGGAGUAAAAUUUGAAGAAAAAAAGACCUAACUUACAUGUUUGCAUUUUUUUAGUCUGCUUUUAUUUAUGUGUUCGAGGCUCCAGUGUUUUCUUCUACUCUUUAUGUAUCAGUUAUUCUUUAUGUCAAGAGCAAAAACCUGUAUUAAUGUGUACAAAGAGACUUUUAAUGUGAGACUGAACCUGUGCAAGUGACACUGUAGAAGUACACGUGUGUCUGUGUACUUCUACAGUGUGUGUGUGCGUGUGUGUGUGUGUGUGUGUGUGUGUGUGUGUGUGUGUGUGUGUGUGUGUUGGAUGGUAUUUCUUUAACUGGUUGAUUUAUGUGUGCUUUUAAUGUGCUUCAAAGAAACAAUACUAUUUAUUACAAUAUUCGUACAUUAUUAUCACAGUUAUUAUUACAGUUAUUACUAACAUGAUUAUUAAUAAACAUUUCUUUCCCCUGAAACUCUUCCAUUGAUUGACUUGGUUUGGGUCAGCGGCAUUAGUUGUGUUACAGCAAGCCUGCAGUUGGUGACUGAAUAUUAUGAGAUCAGUUCAGUUCAGCUACCUAACAUACAUAGGUCAAAUUAAAUGGUAAAAUAAAUAUGAAUAUGUACUCACAAGCCACUUAGACAUACCUGUUCAACUGAUCAUUAACAAAAUAUCUAAUCAGCCGAUCACAUGGAAGCAACUCAGUGCAUUUAGGCAUGCUGACACGGUUGUAAGAACUUGCCUACCUCGUAAUUAAACUUAAGAAUAUGGAGGAAAUGGGAUUUAAGUGGUGCAACAGUUUCUAGAGGUCAGAGGAGAAUGGUGAGAUGGCUUCGAGCUGCUAGGAAAGCAACAGUAACUCAAAUAACACUCAUUACAACCAAAGUAUGCAGAAGAGCAUCUCCACAGGCACAACAUGUCACACCAUGAAGCAGAUGGGAUACAGCAGCAGAAGAGCACGUCAGGUGCCAAUCAGAAGAAUGGGAAACUGAAGCAACAGUUUCUCUUUGGGUGCCCAAAACUGUACAAUAGAAGAAACAGGUUACAAAUUUGGCACAAAGAACACAAAAGCACAAAGUGAGCAUUGUUUGACCGCCACAGUCUGCUUGACCCUGUCCAUCCUUUUCACUUCACUUUGAUUUCCCUGUCAGGACUCUUGCUGCAGCAUUUUGGAUUAGCUGAAGGCUUUUCAGGGAGUUUUUAGGACAUCCUGAUAAUAAUGAAU